AUGCCCGCGCCGCGCGGUGCUGCCAUGGCGGCGGAGGAGGAGGAGGCCCCGGUGCCGCCCCAGAAGCGCUUCUACCGCCAGCGCGCGCACUCAAACCCGCUGGCCGAUCACACCCUGCGCUACCCUGCCCGCCCUCAGGACAUGGACUGGGCCUCGCUCUUCCCGACUUUCUUUCCUCCCGACGCCCCUGGGACCCCCCCGGCCCGCGUGGAGUUCGCAGACGUGGGGUGCGGCUACGGGGGGCUGCUGGUGGCGCUGGCGGAGCGCUUCCCGCAGACGCUGUCGCUGGGGCUGGAGCUGCGGGGGAAAGUGGCCGCGUUCACCCGCGCACGGAUCCGGGCGCUGCGGGCGGCUCAGCCCGGCCGCUUCGGCAACGUGGCCUGCGUGAGGGGCAACGCCAUGAAACACCUGCCCCACUUCUUCCGCCGCGCACAACUCUCCAAGCUGUUUUUCCUGUUCCCUGACCCCCAUUUCAAGCGCACGAAGCACAAGUGGAGAAUCAUCAGCCCCGCCAUGCUGGCCGAGUACGGCUACGUGCUGCGCCCCGGGGGCCUGGUGUACACGGUGACAGACGUGCCCGAGCUGCACCAGUGGAUGGUGCAGCAUUUUGGGGAGCACCCCCUGUUUGAGCCCCUGCCCCCUGCCCAGCUGGCCGCGGACCCGCUGGUGCCGCUGCUGCCGACGGUGACGGAGGAAGGACGGAAGGCCGAGCGUGCGGGGCGUCCCCCCUGCUCGGCCGUGUUCCGCCGCCGCCCCGACCCGGCCCGGGGGGACCCUGACCCCGCCCCGGGGGGACCCCGACCCCGCCCCGGGGGGACCCCGACCCGACCCCGGGGGGACCCUGACCCGCGGGGAGGGGCCGGACCCCUCCCUCACACGGCCCCGGCUUGGAAUAAAGUCUCAAAUCCCCCCCGCUGCCUCCCCGCCGCCCCGCGCCCCGGAGCCCCGGCGCCCCCCGGAGCCCUCCCGCCCCGGGGCCUGGCCGAGAUGCCGGGGCCAAGCUCCCCCGCCUUCAUCUUCGAGCUGCUGUGCCGAGGAGGGGUGCGCAGGCUGCAUGAGAUGCAGGUCCACGGCCGGGCCCGGUUCGGGCCGCUCUGGAAGGCCCGCUUCGGCCCGGUGCUCACGGUGCACGUCGCCGACCCCGCGCUCGUGGCUCAGGUGCUGCGGCAGGAGGGGCCCGAGCCCAGCCGGGCCCUGAGCUGCCCCUGGAAGGAGCACCGGAGCCUCCGGGGGGUGUCGGGGGGGCUCCUCACCCUGGAGGGCGAGGGCGUGGCGGGGCCCUCGGCGGCUGCUGGCCCGGGGGCUGCUGCGCCCGGGGCGGCCGAGGCCUUCGCGGGCCCGGUGGCCGCGGCGGUGGCCGAGCUGGUGGCGCGGCUGCGGCGGCGGCUGCGGCGGCAGCACCCCGCGGGGAAUCGCGUCCCCGACAUCGGCGCCGAGUUCAACCGCUUUCCCUGCCAACAUCGAGGUGUCCCCAUGGCCUCAGUGUCCCCGUACCCCACAUGUCCCCGUGCCCCACCGCGCCUCUCCUGGGUGCUCUUCUCCUCCCGCCUGGGCUGCCUGGGGGACGCCGGCGAAGCCACCGCGGCCACCGAGUGCGUGAUCCGGUGCGUGGGGGCGGUGCUGGCGCUGACGCUGGUGACAAUGGCGCUGCCCCGUCCCCUCCUGCGCCUCGUGCCCGCGCCCUUGGACGCCUUCUGCCGCGCCUGGGACCAGCUCUUCGCCUUCAGCAAGGGACACGUGGACCGGCGCGUGGCCGAGGUGGCCUCGCGGGGGCCUCCGGCCGAGGGGGCCGCGUUCGUCACCGACCUGCUGGCCCGGGAGCGCGUCCCCGUCGGCAGCAUCUACGGGAACGUCACCGAGCUGUUGCUGGCCGGGGUGGACACGGUGAGUGGCCGCACGCUGGCCUGGAGCCUGUACGAGCUGGCACGGAACCCGGCGGCGCAGGCGGCCUGCACCGCGAGCUGGCGGCCGCCGCCGACGGCCGUGACGGUGCCACCGACGGCGGUGCCACCGCUGCCACCGCGCUUGGCGCUGGCGCCGCCGCGCUGCUUGCGUGCCGUGGUGAAGGAGACGCUCAGGCUGUACCCCGUCAUCCCGGCCAACGCCCGCGUUGUCUCCGACUGCGACAUCCGUGUCGGCGACUACUUGGUGCCGCGCCAGACCCUCAUCACCCUGUGCCAUUACGCCACGUCCCGCGACAGCCGCUUCUUCCCGGCGCCCGACGCCUUCCGCCCGGAGCGCUGGCUGCGCCACAGGGACACCGGUGACACCCCUGGGGACGCCCCUGGGGACACCCCUGGGGACACCCCUGGGGACACCCCUGGCUCCAGGCACCCCUUUGCCUCUCUGCCCUUCGGCCUCGGCCCUCGCAGCUGCGUCGGGCGCCGCUUGGCCGAGCUGCAGCUGCACAUGGCGCUGGCGCAGAUCCUGCUGAGUUUCGAGGUGCGGCCGGAGAGCCCGGGGGGGGCCGUGCGCCCCAUGACCCGCACCCUGCUGGCCCCCGCCGCCCCCAUCGGCCUGCGCUUCCUCGAGCGGUGA